CCUGUUGGACAGGAUGGUUCACCUGCUGAGUCGAGGUUAUGUACUUCCUGUUGUCAGUUACAUCCGGAAGUGCCUGGAGAAGCUGGACACUGACAUCUCGCUCAUUCGCUACUUUGUAACUGAGGUGCUGGAUGUCAUCGCUCCUCCGUACACCUCUGACUUUGUGCAGCUUUUCCUCCCCAUCUUGGAAAACGACAGCAUUGCCGGGACCAUUAAAACGGAAGGUGAACAUGACCCGGUGACAGAAUUCAUAGCUCACUGCAAGUCCAACUUCAUCCUCGUGAACUAAUUUUGACUGUCGUCCCGAACUGACCCAGAAUGUUCCGGGAGCCCAGCGGCGGGAAAGCUCUUCCAGAAGCUCUUGCUGAAGAGGCCAGUCCACAUCGUGGGACUGGGCUGUGGAGGGAGGAGCUGGGUGUUCAUACGGUGGCUAGUGCAGAUGGCUCCCCUGAGUCGGAGCUGCCCCCGCGCCCCGCUGACCGCGUUCCUUGCCCCCAGCACAGGAGCUGGGUCCCUCCUGCGGUGGCGGGAAGCUCAGAACCUGAGAUAUGUAGAGGAACCACCUUCCCUGGUGACUCUUCUCACAAGAACUCAGUUAAUUGAUCUUUUAUUGUCAUUGUCUUAAUUUUCCAAGAAUAAAUUUAAAAAGCCUUUCUCUGGAAAAAAAAAA